CGGCCGCAGCCGCCCCCCGCCAGCCGGCGGGAGGCGCGGCGGGGACCGCGGCCCCGGCGAAAAGUGACAUGGCCCCCCGGAAACAGCCGCGGCGGAGACUGCGCGCCCGGAGGGCCGAGCGGGCUGCGUGAUCGCGGGCCGCCUCUCGGCGACGGCAUGGGCCAGACCUCGGUCUCCACGCUGCCCGAGCCGGCCGGCGUUGAUGGAUUGGAUAAGGCUUCAAUCACUAACUCGGACGGGCCAGCCCCAGGAUCCCAAACUCCGCCCUUCAAGAGAAAGGGCAAACUCUCCACCAUUGGCAAGAUCUUUAAACCUUGGAAAUGGCGGAAGAAGAAGACAAGUGACAAAUUCAGAGAAACAUCAGCCGUGUUGGAAAGGAAGAUUUCGACAAGACAAAGCAGAGAGGAGCUGAUAAGAAGGGGAGUUCUGAAGGAAAUGCCUGAGCAAGAUGGCAAUGUCACAGUAAAUUUUGAAACUUCAAAUGGACACACCAUAGCUAUUGGUGAAGAAACCAUCCUGGAAGAAAACAUUGUAAAAGCCAGUGGAGAUAAUGGUACUUUAUCAGAGAAAGAAUCUGCAUUGACAGGAAAAGAAGACGAUCAAAAAGCUAGUUCCUCUCAUGCAAAAAAACCACCAGUCUCCAAGUCCUCUUCAUCACCAUCUCCUUCGUCCACAUCAUCUCAUCCCAAAGCCUCUAAGGAGACUUCCAGCAAAUCAGGCACUUCGGGGACUUCCAGGGGCAAGAAAAAAACUGGGAAACAGUCAGCUCCACGGACAGCACCAGAUGGGGCUGCUUCUUCCCCCUCAGGUGCCACACCCGACAGGUUAGAAGUGAAAUCUGAGCAACCUUCCAUAGUGAUUUCUGAAACCGAGGAUGUAGACCAGCAGAGCAAGCUAGUUGUCCCACCUCCUCCCACUGCUGCCCCUCCGCCACCUCCACCUCCAGCGUCUUUUCCUGCUGCAGUCAAUCAGUCCAGUGUCUCAGAUUCACAAGCUGCAUCAGACAGCUCCAGAACAGGGCCAUCCAUUGCUGGAUCAGAUUAUAAACCUCUUCUCCAGACUGAAGACGACACAGAUGAGAACCUGAGCAGUACAGGCCUAGAUGACAGUCCAGAUGCUAGAGGAGAAGACAUGGAAAGACUGGCUACCAGAGAAGAUGAAGAGGAGGAGGCACCUAACCAAAUACAUGAUGAACCAGGGGAGGAAGCUUCUGAAGCUGCAGCCACUCCUGAGAGUAGAAGUAGCAGAGAGAGCCACAGCAGCGACUCGGACUCUGAUGGACCCAUACUCUACACAGAUGAUGAUGAUGAUGACGAUGACGAUGAUGAUGAUAAUGGAAGUGCUGAAAGUUCUUUGGCAAGUAAAAUUCGUCGCAGGGAUACUCUUGCUAUCAAACUUGGCAACAGACCAUCUAAGAAAGAAUUGGAAGACAAAAACAUCUUGCAACGUACAUCUGAAGAGGAGAGGCAGGAAAUCAGGCAUCAGAUUGGAACAAAACUUGUGAGGAGACUUAGCCAGAGACCUACAACUGAAGAGCUAGAGCAAAGAAAUAUCCUAAAGCAGAAGAAUGAAGAAGAGGAACAGGAAGCCAAAAGAGAAAUAAAACGUAAACUCAGUAGAAAGCUCAGCCUGAGGCCUACAGUGGCUGAACUUCAAGCAAGAAGAAUCCUACGAUUUAAUGAAUACGUGGAGGUAACGGAUUCUCCGGAUUAUGACCGCCGUGCAGACAAGCCUUGGGCCAGGUUAACUCCCGCAGACAAGGCAGCAAUACGGAAAGAACUGAAUGAAUUUAAAAGCACGGAAAUGGAAGUACAUGAGGAAAGUCGGCAAUUUACCAGGUUUCAUCGUCCAUGAUUUUUGACUACAUCCCAUAUUUCAUGUAACUGUUUUCUUUGGGGAAAUCAUUGCGUCCUGAAGACCAGAGAUUGCACUGGAACUUGACUGAAUGUGAGUGUGUGUUGGAGCUUACCCUGAGGUUAAUGAAGGAUGUGGCCCUCAUCUUUAUCAGUGAACAAAAGAUUUGACCAGGAGGUGAAACCAUAUGAAGUGUUCAUUUUAACUAAGAAAUAUCCCAGUGUUAAAAAAGACCAUGCUUCUGUGACUAGCCCACAGAGACAAGUUGAUGGUCGUUUUCAUUGGAGCUGGACAAGUCAGGAAGAGCUGAAGACAAUCGUUUGAGAGCCUGUUGCCAGGAACUCAUCAGACUUUACAGCAUUGUGAUUGAGGGUAACUGAGCAGAGGGAGAGUAAAAAGGACUGAGAGAGUGCAAGAUGAGAGACUUCACUUGUCAGUCAACAGAGAAAAGUGGAAUGAUGGAACUGUUACUGAUAUACUUGGCCAGUGGAAGGAAAUAUAUUUUUUAAAAAAAUCUGAAAGUGUGAGCAGCUGUGCAUGUAUGUUUUCAGUGGCUGCAGCCUGUCUUAGCAAGAUAGGAAGCCACAAGUCCUCAUAUCAUCAGUACUUUAGUGAAGAACUGUAAUUUCUCUGGUGCCAGUAAAUCCAUUUGCCAGAAAUUAGUCGUAGUAUAACUCAGAUGUCUUUUUUUUUUUAAAUUCUGAUGAGCAUGCUUCAAGAAAAUACAUGAACAUUCAUACAGAAAAAGCAUUUUUUUUUAUGUUGGCAUACUUUGAAUUCUCAGAAAUACCUAAGUAGUAUUUGAAGAAUAAACAGCGUGACACUAUGAAUGCAAUGGAAGGAUUCAUGAUUAGGAACUCUCCAUUCUGUCACUUGCCAUCAAAACAUAGGGAUCAUUAUCCUUCUGACCUAUGGCAGGCUGUAGUGACAACUUUGACACCAUUCUAGUUUUAAUCCAAAAUCAGAAUUGAAAUUGUGCACAAAUGUCCUUACUGGUAGGUUUGAGCAGUGAUUAAUAAUGUGACUUUUUAAGUUUAAGAGCUGUAUUAGAUGAGUCUCUUGGAUUACUUUUAGGAAGAACUCAGAGAUGAAUCAAUAUGUCUUCACCCAACGAUCUUGUAAAAAUUAACAGAAAGUCUUUAGAGUGUCUGCAGCCUGUUUUUGUUGUGUCUGAAGAAUGCUUAUUAGAAUCAUAAUUUUUUAUACUAUAUUGAAAUUGUAUAUGUGAAUACAAUACUACUAAAAUUAAGUGAUACAGAGUGUGAAAGGCAAUACAUGGUUUUUCUAAGUUGGCCCAAAGGCUUAUUAAAAAGCCUGUGGCAUUGUUUACACUAAGAAAUUCUCUGUCUUGUAUUAGCACUUAUUUAUCCUUUGAAUUAAUGUACACAACAUCUUUGUGGGCCUGGAAAUCACAUAUGCGUACAUUUAAUGCAGUAUUACAAUAUAUAUGCUAUUUAUCCUUUCUAAUGUGUGUACAUAUUACAAUUUAUUUUUGUCUUUUAUGUGCCUUGUUUAGUUUUUAAUUAUGCAGUGUAAGUAUUUCUUUUUCGGGCAAUAAAAGUCUACGUAGAUGUGAUUUUUUUACCUCAGAA